UCCGAGUUCGAGGUGUCACAUUGACCAUUGAGAAGAAUAUGUACGAUGGUAUACUUGAUGCUUUCUUAAAAAUACUGCAAAAGGAGGGCCCUGCAGAACUUUACAGAGGCCUUGCUCCUAGUCUCAUCGGAGUAAUUCCAUAUGCCGGCACUAAUUAUUUUGCAUAUUAUACUUUACGGAAAGUGUACCGUAAAAUUUCUAAAGAGGAAAAAAUUGGGAAUAUUGAAACUCUUUUAAUUGGAUCACUAGCUGGGGCCAUUUCAAGUAGUGCAACAUUCCUGCUGGAGGUUGCUCGAAAGCACAUGCAGGUUGGAGCUCUCCAUGGAAGACAGGUCUACAAGAAUGUGGUGCAUGCACUCGCAAGCAUGCUUGAAUAGGAAGGGAUUCGUGGUCUGUAUAAAGGUUUUGGUCCAAGUUGCAUGAAGUUGGUACCUGCUGCUGGGAUUUCUUUCAUGUGCUAUGAAGCAUGCAAAAGGAUACCGGUUGACAAAGAUGAUGAUGAAGCAUAGAGUUUCCGGUCAAAAUGGA